AUGGAGAUCAAUUCAAGAUUAAUAUUGCUACUAGGCUUACUUUUUCUUUUCUGUAUGGUAUCUUUUUCUCAUGGCAAGAGGUUAAAACCAAGGUUUCGAUUGAAAGCUGUUAACCUGGGAGGUUGGCUGGUUGCAGAAGGAUAUAUUACACCUUCUCUCUUGGAUGGCAUCCCCAACAAAGACCUUUUGGAUGGAUCUCAGAUUCUGUUCAAAUCGGUUGCAACUGGGAAAUAUCUUUGCGCUGAAACAGGGGGAGGAACCAUCAUAGUUGCAAACAGAACUGUUGGUUCUGGGUGGGAGACAUUCAUUCUAUGGAGGAUCAAUGAGAAAACUUUCAAUUUCAAAGUCUUUAAUAGGCAGUUCGUGGGGCUGGAUAUGACCAAUGGGAAUGGGGUAGAUGUGGUAGCCAUUGCGGACACGCCUGGAAAAUCAGAGACAUUUGAGAUUGUUAGAAAACCAGGUAAUUCCAGCCGUGUGAGAAUCAAAGCGCCCAAUGGAUUCUUCCUUCAGGUGAAAGCAAAAGGGGUGGUGACUGCAGAUUUUGCAGGGAAAAGCAAAUGGGAAAAGAACGAUCCCUCAGUCUUUGAGAUAACAAACAUAGGAGGGUUGAACGGAGGCGGAGAGUUUCAAUUAACUAAUGGCUACGGACCAGAGAGAGCCCCACAAGUUAUGAGGGAGCAUUGGAACACAUUCAUAGUGGAAGAUGACUUCAAGUUUAUAGCAGAAAACGGGCUAAACGGUGUUAGAAUUCCAGUUGGUUGGUGGAUAGCAAGCGAUCCGACUCCUCCAUAUCCCUACGUUGGGGGUUCCUUGGAAGCUCUAGACAACGCCUUCUCCUGGGCUGAGAAAUAUGGAAUAAAGAUUGUUCUUGGCCUACAUGCACUACCUGGUUGCCAAAAUGGUUGGGUGCAUGGCGGAUCUAGAGAUGGCACUCAGGAUUGGGGAAAAACAGAUGACACUAUUCAACAAUCGGUCGAUGCCAUAGACUUCUUAACUGCCAGGUAUGCAAAGAGCCCGAGCUUUUAUGCAAUGGAACUGAUGAAUGAGCCAAAAGCACCAGAAGCAACCCUAGAGAUGCUAAACAAGUUCUACAUGCUUGGUUAUGAUGCCGUCCGCAAGCACUCCUCAACGGUUUAUGUGGUUCUGAAUAAUCGGAUUGGGAAAAUUGACGAGAGGGAGCUCUUCCCUCUGGCUAGUGGCUUAAAGGGCAUUGUCCUAGAUUUGCAUUAUUACAACCUCUUCAACACUAAAUAUUACAACUUGACUGCCCAACAGAACAUUGAUUUUAUCUACGGCAAUAGAUCCCGGGACAUCGAUUAUGUCACAACCUCAAAUGGUCCCCUUGUUUUUAUUGGUGAAUGGGGAGCUGAGUGGCUAGUUGAGGGAGCAUCACAAGAGGAUUACAAAAGAUACAUUAAGGCCCUGCUUGAUGUCUUUAAAAGAGCAUCAUUUGGGUGGGCUUUCUGGAGUCUUAAAAACGUGAACAACCAUUGGAAUAUGGAGUGGCUGAUCAAGAAUGGUUAUAUCAAGCUUUAGUUUACACCACUACUUAGCAGGCCUGCUACUUAUAAUUGCAGCUUCCUUAAUAUAUAAUUAGUUUCUUGAGCUUACUCCUUAAUUAGAUCAUCAUGAUCAUGUAUACCAAUUUACUUAUGAUAUUUGACAUAUUGU